AAAGAUCUGAAUUAUCCGUGGAGGCAAAGUAAUAUUUUCUCUAGCACGAAAAUGUGAAAAAUUUUACCGAUUGUUGGAAGUAGUUAGGCGCACAGAAUUCUUACUUUUAGAACCAAGAAAGCAAAUCAACGGAUCUGCUUUUUUUAGCUUUCUUUGGCUGUUAGUUUAGAAAGCGGGGGGCACACACUUUUGCAUAAACGCAUAACCAUAAACAAGAAAUUGAUUGGCAAAUAUAUGCAUAAGGAAAUGAACCAAUCAAUUUCCUUAUGAUUACGGCUUAUACAAAAGUGUGUUCCCCGCUUAUCUUUUUAAUACGAUGCUUAAAUUGUUUGAGUCCGUUGGAUGCGCCAGAUGGCAUGUACACAAAUCUCGUUUUUUUUUGUUUCUAAUUAUAUAUAAACAAUAAAACUAAAACGCAGACAUUAAUGAUGACAGAGUAUAAAAAAUUAGAGGAACGUGUGAUUCCUAUAGAGGAAGAGGAGGCCAAAUUCUGGGAUAUAGAUAGUGAAUGUGAAUCUCUACCUAAAACAUAUGUUUUGCAUAAAGAUGGCCAAGCCUGUAGCUUAUAUGCAACCAGCAUAUGUAAUCCUAACUGAUAUACCUUUAGAAGAAGGAGAGCUUUUUCACAACGCAGUAUGCUGAAUGCUUGGAAGAAAACCUAAGAUAAUACUGAUGCAAGUGGUAAAUAACCCAGCAUUUAUAGAGUGCACAGUGGCAAAUUCUGUAACAGAUCAAAUUCUAAUAUUUCUUGGCAGAUAUAAUAAUAUUAGUAAAAGGACCAACAGCAAAUAUUGAGUACUUCUUAAAACAAUGGCAAACGAUAUAUGCUACAAUGAGCAUAGACAACAUCUUUGCACCAGAGGGUGCUGUGCCUCCGUCAUGAUAUUAUAAAUGCAUUAAAUGCAUGGUCAAUCUGGACAUGUACACAGUUAUUUGUGCGUACAAAACUACUCAGCCUAAUAUUUAAGGAGCCUAAAGAGGAUAGACCAGCUCUUAUUACAAAGUGUGUACUUAGUCAGAUAAAAAUGAUGCUGAAAAAUUUCGGAUUAAAAUCAGUAAAUGUAAUAUACAGCUUUAUAGUCUCUUGUAAUGCAGCUAUAACAACAUCACAAGUAGCACAACAGGCCGUGAAUCUCAAACGCACAAUAGAAGAACUAAAAAAAAUGUAUGGUUCUAUAUAUCCAUACAUACAUGUAUUAACUCUGACAGGUGCAGAGCGAUUAAAUUGUAGACUUUAUCCUGAUCUGUUUUAUGCGGCAGUUAAGAUUGCAAUUUAUAACAAACAUUUAGAAUCAAACAGCAGAUUAUUAAUGGCAAAUGUGCAGCCCACGCUCCCAAAAGCGCUAAUAGAAUAGGAUGGCAAAAAGAUCGUUAAAUGAAGUGCUAGAUAUAGGGUCUCCCAUACAGAGGAGAUCCUGGAAACCGAGGAGAGGACGGCGGUAGGCGGCAAAGUGCCCAAUCAUCUUAUUUAAUGCAUUGUAGUGGAAAUUGGUGUUAAAUGCAUUAAUUAAACUCGCGACCAGCAAUGUAUUAGCGUGUAAGAUAAUCAAAACAUAAAUCAAGCUCGUGAGAAUUUUAACUGACUAUUUUAUCAUAAAACGCAACGCGCGCAGCGCUAAUAAUUGAGCGAAAUAAUUAAGUCCACAAGAAUAACGAAACGGGGAAGGAUAACAUUAUGAUCAUUAUACCGCAUCCCGCUGAUACUCACAUGGAUAACAAGCAAAAUAUUUCACGGAGAAAAGAUAAAUGAGAAAGAUGAAGAUGCUAAGUUUAGCGUUGACGAUAAUGAUGUCGAUGAAGUAGCAGGAGAAGGAUGAUGAAGGAGUUGAUUGAGUACGAUGGAAGGUCACCAGACAGGAAUCAUUAUGCGGAUUACUUGCGAAGAAUAUGUCUCUGAGCAAAGUAUCUAUCGCCACACAAUUCUAAAGAGUCACCGACAAACACUUCUUCGCUCGAUUGAAGAAUGAAAAUUAAAGAAGAAGAGGAAGAAGAGAAAACACGACGGGGAGACCAAGACCGUGGCGAAGAGGAGGUGGGAGCACGGGCCCCACGAAUCGCUUUUGCUCCGUUCCAGCUCCCGCGCCGAAAGCCAGGCUGCCCGGGGUCCGUUUCAGUCUUCUUUCAGUCAUCCUCACGUACGCGUAGACGCACCGCGGAGGAAGCAUUCGCUGUUGCUCGUUUAUAUCCUCUUCGUGCCGUCGUCACGCAACCCCCGACGCGCUACGCUAACGAUUGCGCUUGUUACAUCGGCGGGCGCGGUGAUAUAUACAUAUAUACACACACACACACACACACACACACACACACAUAUAUAUAUAUACAGUCAAUAUAUAAGGACGCAGGUGAAGCAGGAAAUCGACUUGACGAAGGAGGCCUCGUGGCCAGCAAAGCGGAAAUAAUGCGCGGAAGUCGUGGGACGAUCCUCGUCCUGUGCACGAUUAAUUGCCUGAGACUGACCUCAUCCUCACCCACUUCGACAAGUGUGCGACUUGGCGAUAAGUGCAACCGAGAUCGAGACUGCGAGGCUGGCAUCGCUAACAGCCAGUGCUACUUGGGUUAUUGCCGGUGUCAGCCCUUCUUCGCCGGCUACAAUGACACUCAAUGUCUUGAAUCCACUCUAUUGGGCAAUGAUUGUCUUGUAAAGGAACAAUGCUCCCUGAAAGUGGCGAACAGUAGCUGCCUCGAGGGCGUAUGCAGGUGUGAGGAAGGACACUUGCAGUUUCGCAGACACACUUGUCUGGGACCGGCGAAACUCGGCGAGGUGUGUUACGAGCACGCUCACUGUCGCCUCUGGGAUCCCGAAUCGCAUUGCGAUUUUCUCAUUCCGGAUUUAUUUGGCCGCUGCCAAUGUACCGCGCCAAUGCGCCGUGAAGGGGACGCGUGUCGACUUGAUAGUCUCGUGAGACCCGCGCCGCUUCCGGAGCACCUGCCUCCCCCUCAGGAGCCGAUAACAGAAAACGUUACAGGGAACAAUGGUGAUAAGGAAGCUGACACUGAGGAACAAAAGGGCGAGACUCAAGGGGAACAAGAUACAGGCGUUCAAAUAUCCUGGCUGAAAAACGCAACGAUGCUCCUGUCGACGGAAGCUCCCAGUCAAUUGAUACCGGUAAAUCUGGUGACCAGGCCGUCAUUGAACUUGAGACCCGGAAGCAACGAUCGCUUCGGACCGAACGAGCUCCCCGACGAUGACGAUGCCAUCGUCAUCGAGGCAGAAGUCACCGAGGCUAUUCAUAUCACGACCACCUCGACGUCUGCGCCGAUAAAGACGGAUCGUCACGAGAGCACAAUAAUGACGGCCGUCAGUCUGGGACUGCCGUGCAUCGCCGAUCUCGAGUGCCGUAUGGCCGAUCCGAUGUCACGUUGCAUCGGCGGCGUGUGCGACUGCAGUUUUCCGACAAACGGCAGUUGCAACGCGCGGCGGACCGGCUGCGCGCCGGGCACGUUCCAGUGCCGGUCGUCUGGCAGCUGCAUCAGCUGGUUCUUCGUCUGUGACGGCCGCGCCGAUUGCGCCGACGGUUCCGACGAGGAAUGCACCGGCCAUCGCUGUCCGUUGCAGGCGUUCAGAUGCAACGACAGUAACGUCUGCAUAUCGAGGUCCGGGGUGUGCGACGGAAAUCGCGACUGUCCUCGUGGCGAGGACGAAAUCGGCUGCAACAAUCGGCGAAAAUGUCCCGAGGGUUCGUUCAGAUGCAACAACGGUCAGUGCUUGCCGGCAUACGAAUUCUGCAAUGCGGUGGUGUCCUGCAGGGACGGCAGCGACGAACCCAGGGUUGCCUGCAGGAUGCGAAAUCGCGGCCGGAUCGCCGCGAGAUUCUGCCCGUUCAGGUGCGAUAACGGCUGGUGUCGUUCCGACGCGAUAACCUGCAGCGGUCGGGACGGAUGCGGCGAUGGCUCCGACGAGAAACACUGCAGCGUUUGCCGAUGCGAAAGGAUUUAAUCUCGACCGGUCGGCCGAGAUUUCUUCGUCAUAUGUCGCGUCGCAUCGUCGGAUAGAAAGGAGAGAAGAAGAAGGAAGAGGAGCAAACUACCACCCGGCUCGCGUCGAUGGUUUUCGCGAAAUAAGAUGUGCUCGAGUAGAAGGGCACGGAAAGUAAGUGUGACCAAAGAUCGUUAAGCCGUGUCGCGGCGCAACUUAGGCUCUCAACGCUCCGCGAUUUCGAGACUGAAAGCACCGUUUUUACUCAAGCCGGCUCUCUCACCAGAGCACGAACGGCAAGAGAGAAUCACCUAUCGUCGCGCCUUCCCGCGCGAUUCUCGCUCGUUAAACUGAACCGGUCCAGUGACCGACGUAGUGAGUCGUGCACUUGGCAAAGGAAUGAUUGCGCUCGUGUAAUAAUGGCACUUAAUCGCGUAUAAUGAUACCAUAAGAGACGGGGAUAAUUUGCGCCAAGGGAUAAUCCUGGUUGCCCCGUGACGAGCGUGCACUCAGGAUUUAUCUUCUCGGAGUAUUCGAAUUCUAGACAAAGUAUCUCGUCCGAGAUCUAUUUUAACGAAUAAAAUUAUUAAUCUAUAAGAUUUAAAUAAAAAAAAAAAAUAUUAAUUUAUACUAUUGAAUUAUUGUAAUAUUAUUCACGUUAUUAUCGGACAUGUGUACUGAUUUGUCUAAGUCUAAGCGUGAUAAGACAAAAGUGUGGAACGUAGUAUUAUUGCCCGGGUAAAUUUCUAAGAAAAUAAAAUUUUGGAAAUAUCAAUAUUAUUGUCAGUUUUGAAUUUCGUUCACCCACCAUGUAUCUAGCACGGAACACGCAAUGUCACAAGAAAUUUUUAUUAAAAAGCGUAUACUAUAUACAUAUAUUAACAUUGAUGUAUAAUAGUGUUAAUUUAAUUAAAUCUCUCUAAAAACUUAUCAUAUACGUUCAAAUUCAAUAUUAUCGACAAAGUAUACGAGAGUGAUAAUACGUCUUCCAUUGAAUCUCAAUGACGCACGUAUUUAUUAAAGUAGAGCUAUCAGAAGUCGCUCGGAGAAAUGAAUAGAUAUGUUAUAAGCAUCAAAAGUGUACAGAUAUUAUUAAUAAAAUUAUCAAGAUGAUAACAACAAUAUAUAUAACAAAAUAUGAACAAAUAUUUUUGUACAAUUUUGUAUCAUUAUCGAUUUAAUUUUCUGUAAUACAUAUACAAGUAUAUCUGACGUCUCGUCCGGUAUAUAUAAUUUAUAAUCUAUAUCUAGAAACAUCCAAUAUAAAAAAUGUAAUGUAAUAAAUUUAAAGUUUGAAAUUA